UUUGUAAACCAAGAAUGGGAAAGGGAAAGAAAAGAAGCUGAUAGCUUGUUAGUGGCCAUGGAAGCUCCAAGGAAGAAUUUUGUUAGGUUCUGCAAAUACCCAUUUGGGUUUUUGAGAUGGGAAGGAGAGGAUGCUGGUAAAGAGGAAGAAAAAUGGGAUAUGAGGUGCCCAAAAUCAAAAAGGUCCUUUCUUUAUGCUCAAUUUGUAUUAUUGUUUCAGCUGUUAAUGUGUAGGGUUCAAUUAGUUUGUUCCCAGUCUUGGGAUGGUGUAUUUGUGACCCAAAGUGAUUACCAGGCUCUUCAAGCCUUGAAGCAUGAUUUGGUUGACCCAGAAGGGUUCUUGAAAAGCUGGAAUGGUAGUGGAAAUGGUGCUUGUUCUGGGGGGUGGGUUGGGAUUAAAUGUGCCCAAGGCCAAGUUAUUGUGAUUGACCUUCCAAAGAAAGGGCUAGGAGGUAGAAUUAGUGAAAACAUUGGCCAAUUUCAAGCCCUAAGGAAACUAAGCCUCCAUGACAAUGUCAUUGGAGGGCUUGUCCCAACAUCUCUGGGAUUCUUGCCUGAUCUUAGAGGUGUUCAGCUCUUCAAUAAUCGAUUUUCGGGUUCCAUUCCUGCUUCACUUGGCUUAUGUCCUGUUCUCCAAACACUCGAUCUUAGUAACAAUUCAUUGUCUGGUUCAAUCCCACCUAAUCUUGGGGAUUCAACUAAGCUGUUUUUGCUUAAUCUUAGCUACAAUUCUUUGUCUGGUUCAAUCCCGCUAAACCUCACUCGAUCGUCAUCCCUUAGUUUCCUUGUUCUCGAUUUCAAUGCUUUGUCUGGCUCGGUUCCUGAUUCGCUGGGGAAUAUGAGUGGGCUUCGAGAGCUUUCGCUUGAUCAUAACAAGUUAAGUGGCUUAAUCCCAGACUCGAUAUACAGGUUGCAGAAGUUGUCGGUUCUUGAUUUGAGUAAUAACGAGUUUUUUGGUGGUGUUCCUGUUACAAUUGGGAAUAUCUCUGCCCUUACAAAACUAGAUUUAUCUCACAACAACUUCAGCGGUGAAAUCCCGGUUUCCCUUGCUGAUCUACCAAGCCUUGAAUUUUUCAAUGUGUCAUAUAACAACCUAUCGGGUCGUGUUCCUGCUCGCCUUGCUCAGGCGUUCAAUGAGAGCGCGUUUGUGGGUAAUCUUCGGCUCUGUGGGUACAAUGGUUCAACUCCGUGUCCUGCAACGCCUUCUUCAAUAGCUCCCUCUCCAGGAAACCUACAAAGGCGUUGUCACAGACAGCGCACCAAAAACAUUAUUCUCAUAGCUGCAGGGGUGCUCCUUGUCAUAUUGCUCGUGAUUUGUUGCGUUCUGAUGUGCUGUUUGUUCAAGAAAAGAGCCAAAGUCGAGGAAGGCCAGUCCCGGGUAGCAAAGGGUAGUCUGCAAAUCGCUGGGGAAGUCGGGGAAGCAGGAGAGACGCCAGGAAAGCUCGUUCAUUUUCAAGGGAGUAAGGCUUUUACUGCAGAUGAUCUUCUAAGCGCCACCGCUGAUAUAAUGGGGAGGAGCACUUAUGGGACGGUGUACAAGGCGACGUUAGGGGAUGGCAACCAAAUUGCGGUCAAGAGAUUGAGAGAAAGGUUCACCGUAAGCCAGAAAGAAUUCGAGAGUGAAGUCAAUUCUCUUGGUAAAAUCAGGCACCCAAACAUUCUGGCCCUUAGAGCUUACUACUUGGGUCCCAAAGGGGAGAAACUCCUCGUUUUCGAUUACAUCCCCAGAGGGAGUCUCGCAACUUUUCUUCAUGCUCGCAGGCCCGAUGAUUCACCAAUUAACUGGCGUACGAGAAUGAGAAUAGCUAAAGGAAUAGCGAGAGGCCUGCUGUUCCUUCACAACAAUGUGAAGCUCAUUCACGGGAAUCUCACAUCGGGCAAUGUUUUGCUGGAUGAAAACGCGAAUCCCAAGAUUGCAGACUACGCCCUUUCUCGUCUGAUGAAUGCAGCUGCAAAUGCAAACGUGAUCGCGACUUCAGGAGCCCUUGGAUACCGGGCGCCCGAGCUGUCCAAGCUCAAGAAAGCCAACAGGAAGACCGACGUUCACAGCCUCGGAGUCAUCAUGCUGGAGCUCCUCACGGGGAAGUCUCCAGCCCGGGAGGUGAUGAACAGCGUGGAUUUGCCUCGAUGGGUUGCCUCGAUGGCGAAAGAGGAAUCGAGCAAUCAAGUUUUCGACGCCGAUUUGAUGAAUGAUGCAUCGAUUAUUGGCGACGAGCUGUUGACUGCAUUGAAGCUAGCCUUGCAUUGUGUCCAUCCUUCCCCCUCUGCUAGACCUGAAGCUCAGCAGGUCCUCCAGCAACUGGAAGAACUCAGUCCUUCCCCUACUUCAACAAGGGACUAAUAAGAGCUCUAUUUGCCUCAAUUUCCCGACUCGGGUGGAAUCUGUAUUAGUCUUACAGUGGUGGAGAUAUCGACAUUAAACAGUAACGUCGUAGUCCAAAAAUAGAAAGAUGAGGUUGGUGGAGUUUGUAAGAAAGAAAUUAAGGUUAAAAAAUUAAAAAAAGAGGAAAAAGUAAUGUCUUUUUAUUUUAGACUACGGUUGUAAAAUUUUCUUGUGCCUUUAUCACACUAAUGUAUUAGGAUUUAGGAGGCACAUGUAACUAUUCUUUCAUUCUUAAGUCUGCUUAUUAGUUGGAUCUUGUCUUGCAAUUUGAACAUUUAAAUGUGUUUGAUUUUUUUAUGAUU